UGUUUGUGUGGCACAGGGGUGAUCCUAUACAUCCUGCUGGUGGGAUACCCGCCCUUCUGGGACGAGGACCAGCACAAGCUGUACCAGCAGAUCAAGGCGGGCGCCUACGACUUCCCCUCCCCCGAGUGGGACACGGUCACCCCCGAAGCCAAGAACCUCAUCAACCAGAUGCUGACCAUCAACCCCGCCAAGCGCAUCACCGCCCACGAGGCCCUCAAACACCCGUCGGGUCCUCAACGCUCCACCGUGGCCUCCAUGAUGCACAGACAGGAGACGGUGGAGUGCCUGAAGAAGUUCAACGCCCGCAGGAAGCUGAAGGGCGCGAUCCUCACCACCAUGCUGGCCACCCGGAACUUCUCAGUGGGCAGACAGACCACCGCGCCUCCCUCCAUGUCGGCCGCCGCGGCCCCCCUGGGGCUGGUGGAACAAGGUAGACGCCGCACGGACCCCCCCGUGCCGCCCGCUUGCCUCUGGUCCCCCCCCACCCCACUCCUCCUCCUCCUCCUCCUCUUCCUCCCCCUCCAGGCUCGGGGUCCCUCCUCGGGAAUGGCACCUCACGCAUGGGACCCCCCGCCUGUCUGCCUGCCCACCUCUCUGCCUGUCUCCCCCCCCGCUGGCACACGGUGUCCCCGUCACCGCUUGUGUCCCCACAUCGGGGCUGCGUGGGGUGCGUGGGUCCUCUGUCUCUCCCCCCGCACCGCUGCCCCCCCCCGCCGGCAGGAGUCGUCCGACAGCACCAACACCACCAUCGAGGACGAGGACACCAAAGCCCGCAAGCAGGAGAUCAUUAAGAUCACAGAGCAGCUCAUCGAGGCCGUCAACAACGGGGACUUCGAGGCCUACGCGAAGAUCUGCGACCCGGGGCUCACCUCCUUCGAGCCCGAAGCUCUGGGCAACCUGGUGGAGGGCAUGGACUUCCACCGCUUCUACUUCGAGAACCGUGAGUGCCUGCGGCUGCCCGGCUGCUGCCCUCACCCCCAUUCCUGCCUGUCCUGCCCUGUCUGUCUGUCUGUCAGUGCCUGCCUGUCAUCCCCGUCUCUGUUGCUGUACAUCUGCUGGCUCUGCCUGCAUCCCUGCCUGCAUUCUCACCUACAUCCCUUCCCUUCCUGCCUCCCUUCCCUCCUGCCUCCUUCCCUUCCUGCCUCCCUUCCCUUCCUGCCUCCCUUC